CAAAGCGAGAGAGAGGAGAGAGAGAGAGAGAAGCAGAUAAAUACAUAAAGAGAGAGAAAAGGGAGACAGAACUCCCGCCAAAUCGGUGUUUACGACCGAAUCUUUCCCGUUGGAGCAGGAAAUCUUCAACAGCCACUGGUUGUAUAUUACAUUUGACCGAAACAGUCGCAGCCCCUUAACUAUCGUCAUGGAAGAGUCCCCGGAUGAAAUUGAAGAUUUCUAUGGGGUCUAUCUUCUUUACAACAUCAACCCGGCGUAUAGGGACCGAGUCUACAUUGGAUACACCGUCGAUCCGAACAGACGUGUCCGGCAGCACAACAGUGGAAAGCAGGCUGGUGGCGCCUGGAAGACGCAUGGACGUGGCCCAUGGGAGAUGGUGUUAAUUGUCCAUGGUUUCCCCAAUAAUAUUUCAGCUUUGAGGUUUGAAUGGGCCUGGCAACAUCCGACCAAGUCCCGCCGUCUCAAGCAUCUCCCUGCCAAAAAGAGUUUCGAAUUGAUGUACUCUUAUCGUCUGCGGGUCCUCGGCGAGAUGCUGCGUGUGGGGCCCUGGAAGCGUCUCCCGUUGACGAUCCGAUGGUUGAAACAGGAGUAUCAGAGGGAGUUUCCUCCCAAACUCCUCCCUCCGACGCACAUGCCCAUCGUAUACGGCCCCGUACAGAGCAGGAAGAUCCCCAGAAGCAAGACGUCGACCCCUGCGGAUACUGAAGGCCUAGACGUGAAAUUGAACACCUGCUCAGUGUGUCGCGAACUGAUUGUGGAUAAUUUGGCCGAGCUGAAAUGUCUCAGUUGUACGGCAAGGAGCCACAUUACUUGCCUUGCUAAACAUUUUCUCUCCAAGAACCUCCUCGAAGACACGCUGUCUAUCUUACCUGUUGAUGGUAACUGCCCCGUUUGUCACCAGGAACUCUUGUGGGGGGAUCUGAUACGACUCAAGAAAGGCUGCUACCAGGGUCUCACUAAAUCACAGGAUGAUGAUGUUGAUGAUGAUGGUGAUGAUUGGACCAAUGCCCUCAGCCAAGCAAUGUAAACACUUUCCCAGCCAACAUACCAAACUAACUGAUGUUAAAUAUGGUUUGCUGAAAGGAAAAAGAAUUGGACUGGGACUUCUUAGUCGACAUGAAGGACGACCAUGUUGAAAGAUAGCAGAGGUUUUUAAUGCAUAUCACCUGAAGAAGAUUCCACCUGGCUUUUCCAUGGGGGCGAAGGGGGUCAAUAGGUUUAAAGAAAUGGGCAGUGUCGUGGACAAACCACAUUCUUAUUUCUUUACUACCCACAAGGGGCUAAACAUAGAGGGGACAAACAAGGACAGACAAAGAGAUUAAGUCGAUUACAUGAACCCCAGUGCGUAACUGGUGCUUAAUUUAUCGACCCCGAAAGGAAGACAGGCAAAGUCGACCUUGGCGGAAUUUGAACUCAGAACGUAAUGGCAGAUGAAAUACCGCUAUGCAUUUCGCCUGGUGUGCUAACGUUUCUGCCAGCUCGCCGCCUUGGUGCGGUAUGGUUUGUGGAAAGCUCAUGUGUUGGGGCUAUUUUCCUUCGGCGAACAUGUAGCUGGUGAGACUUAUCUCGCCAUGUCGAGAGACCAGUUAAUGGCCCAACUUGAAAGAUGAGGUGAAGGACUUUCUGAGUGGUUCCAACAGGAUGGUGCCCCUGUCCACUUUGCCACAGUGGUAAGAGAUUGGCUGAAUGACAAUUUCUCUAACUGGAUUGGAAGGCAUGGUCAUAUGAAAUUUGUAUCAUAGAACCAGUGGGGGUGGUCUCAGAUGGAUUGGUAUGAAAAAGGUUAAAGAAGCCAUCAGCCAACAUAGUCAAACCUGACCCAUGCACAUCUGCUGAAAGUCUAUAACUGGUUUCACAUGGCCCUUGGAGGGGCUAUAUAAAAUUUUGUUAAUAUCUAUCUGGAAUAAUCUGGCUGGACUUCCCAGCUUGAGCCAGUAGGGCUAAAUCAAGGGGACAGUAAAAGGCCUGACAGUAUGACCGUUUUCCUGUUCCGUGUGGUAGGCCCCUCAUCUGGGAUGUCAAAUGAUGUGACAUCUUGGUUGCGACAUGGUUUGUCCAGCAACCAACCCAGGCUGCGCUGCUCGUGAGGCUGAGAAUAGCAAACCGUCCAGGCAUCGGUCACUCUUUCCCAUUCUGUCUGCCAAGACCAAGAAGCAGCCUGAAUUACAGGAAACCAUAGGUUCCUCACCUUAAUGUAAAGUUACUCCUUUUAUAUUACUCUUUACUCUUUUACUUGUUUCAGUCAUGUGACUGUGGCCAUGCUGGAGCACCACUUUUAGUUGAGCAAAUCAACCCCAGGACUUAUUCUUUGUAAGUCUAGUACUUAUUCUAUCG